AUAAGAUAUUUUUUAGUUUUAUUAUUGAUUAACUUAAUGUUCAUAAUUUUUGUUUAUUUAAUAAUAGAUAUAUAAUUGUAUGGAUAUAUUUAUAAUUUAUAAUUAAAUAAUAAUUAUAAAAAUUAUUAUGGAAGGAAAUAUUUCAAUAAAUGAACACCAUCGAAAUGUCAUUGAAAACUAUGUAGAAUUUAUGGGUCACCAAACUAAACAAUCUAUUAUUUUAAUUAAAAAAGCGUUUGAAGAAGUCUUUAAAACAAAUUUAUUGGAUGAAACUUACACAAAAGAAGAAGUGAAGAAUAUUUUAAACAGUUUGGAAAAAACAAUGACAAAUGAAAUAAAAUGUGAAUUAUCUGCAUACACAAGCACUAAUCUUCUAAUGAUGUAUCAAUUUUUUCAGCAAGCUGAAAAAUGGCAUUUAAGGCUCAAUGUAGAUAUAUCUGAAAUACAAAACAAAGAAUUAUUAAAAGAGAUGGAAAAAAUAGAAACUAAUUAUAAUACAAUGAAUCGAAAAUUAGAAAAAAAGAAGCUUUUAGGUACUUCUGAUAACAUUACAAAUGAUUUUGUUGAAGUGUUGCACAGAAGAUUAGAUCAGCUGGAAACUCACAAUUCUAAAUUGGAAGCAGAUUUAAAAACAUUAGAAGACAAUUGUAAUAAAUUAAGUAAUGAAAAAGAAGCAUUGAAAUUACUUAUCAAACAAGAAGACAAACAAGAAGAUUCACAAAAAAAUUUAGUUGAAAUUGAAGUACAAACUCAAAAUAUUUUUGAUGAUAAUAAAAACAACCACGAUGAAUGUAAGAUAACAGUAAAUCAAUUAGAAAAUGAAUUGGCGGUGGCACAAUCACAAUUAACAUUAACAAAUUUGGAGUUAGAGCGAAAAUUUAAUGAUACUGCUGCAUACAUUAACAUGAAGAAUAUGAUUACAAAAAAAAACGAACAGGUUCGAGAACUAAGAGAUCGAUUGCUUAUUUACGAGAAAGAAGAUAACCAAGACAAUGUUGUAUGAUUUAAAUUACAAUUAGUAAAUAACUAUUCCAGUAAACUCAGUAUUUUGUUGGCCCAGUGGCGUGCGGUCAGAUCAAGGGGUGAUAGCCCAAAAGCUAGAACUUAUAUAAAGUUUAAUCAAGAAGAGUUAUACCAUUAACUAUAUCCAAUAGACCAUAGUUGUAGCCUGUAGCCUGUAUGUACCUAGUUAGUAAUUACAUGAAUAUUAUAUUGAGACUUUGUAUUUAUAAUAAAAUAUAUUAAUAUAUUUUAAAAUAAAUGACAAAAAAUUAAGUGAAAAAAUGCAUAAGUUAUAUUUUUUUCACUACAAG